AUGGACAUGCCUAUGCCUCCAGGUCAAAACAUGCCUCCCUCAAAUGGCACAACCAACAUGAUGAUGAUGAACAUGCAAAUGAGUUUCUACUGGGGCAGAAAAGCCACAGUGCUUUUCUCUGGAUGGCCUAAUAACAACCUUGGAAUGUACAUCUUAGCUCUUUUGUUUGUGUUUUUCCUAGCUAUGGCUGCUGAGGUUUUGUCCAACCAACCUCCCAUCAAACGUGGGACUAAUCCUCUCAUGGGAGGGUUGAUUCAGUCUUGUGUUCAUUUCUUUCGAAUCGUUUUCAUUUACUUGCUCAUGCUUGCUGUCAUGUCCUUCAACGUUGGAAUCUUCAUUGCUGCUGUUGUUGGUCAUACGUUGGGAUUCUUCAUCGCGCGGUCGCGUGCUAUUGCUGUUGCUAAUGGAGAAGAUCAACGUUUGUCAUCUGUUACACUUAAAAUUUGA